AUGGUGGUCGAAACGAGAGGAGGAGGUAAGAGGAAGGAUAAUCCAACGAAGGAAGAGACUCGGAGAGUGAAGUUUGCAAAGACGACGGCGGUGGCCUCCGAUAAUAUCGAGAAGACGACGACGGAGAAUACGAGGGAGACGAGUGAGGACUCGAGGGAGAUUAUGGCGGAGAAGACGAGUGAGAACUCGAGGGAGAUUACGGCGGAGAAGACGAACGAGGACUCGAGGGAGAUUACGGCGGGAACGGAGACGAGUGAAGUGGCUUUAGAAACUGCUCCGACGACAGUAAACAAAUGUCCUGCUGGCCCAUCUCCUUUAGCCCCUCUAGCAACUCAGGCGAUUGGGACUCAUUCUGGAGAUGAAGAAAAUGAUGAUGAGAAUGAAGUUUCUAAAGAAGGAAAUGGAGGCGGAGAAGAAAAGGAUGAUGAGAAUGAAAGUUCUGAAGAAGGAAAUGGAGACGAAGAAGGAAAGGAUGAUGAGAAUGAAGGUUCUGAAGAAGAAAGGGAUGAUGAUAAUGAAGGUUCUGAAGAAGAAAAUGGAGAAGGAGAAGAGUUAGCAAAUGGAGAUAGAGCAACAAACGAGAAUGAGAAUCCACCAGAAUCCGAAGUAAGAAAUUGUCACUUAGGUAUACUAGGGGAACUUGGAUAUAACUUGGAUAUAACUUGUAGCAAAAUUGGUUAUAACUUGGGGAAAAAUUGGAUAUAA